GUCAGCUGAUCGCUUUGAUAGCUGCUCAGCUGGGCUCAGCGUCACAGCCUUGUCACUCCAUUAGGAUGUGUGUUGGUUUGUUUCUCUUGAUAUUAUUUUCCUCCUCAGUCUGAGAACCAAGCGGCUCAUGUUUGCUCCCGGUGUUUGUCUCGGUUUAUUCGGUUAGCCGCCUGCGAGUAUCGCUUGGAGCCUCCUGCUAGCUUAGCAGCUAAAUCAGCCAGCAGUGGAGAGAAGAAGGUGAGGGUUGCAGCUACCAAACAUGGCGGGCGGUAUCACUGACACCGGAGAGCCCUACUCUGCUUUUGUGGGGCUGGUGUACAUGUUCAAUCUGAUAGUGGGAACAGGAGCCCUGACCAUGCCCAGAGCCUUCGCCGAAGCCGGUUGGGUGGUCAGCCUGUCGCUCAUUGCCUUUUUAGCAUUCAUGAGCUAUAUGACCACCACGUUUGUGAUCGAGGCGAUGGCGGCGGCCAACGCUCAGCUGCGCUGGAAGAGAAGAGAGCAGGAAGAGGUGAGAGGAUGA